AUGAGCAUCGAGGAUGCUCUCCAAGAGGUGCGUACGAUCGCUUACACGCUCAAAUUCUCCCUUUCCCCCUUUUGGCUGACAGUUCCGAUUCUUCCCUGGCCUUCCAUGUCUCGUUUUGCAGGUUCUCAAAAAGGCUCUGAUCCACGAUGGUCUCGCGCGCGGGCUGCGCGAGUGCGCCAAGGCUCUCGACAGGCGUCAAGCUCAUCUUUGCGUCCUUGUUGAAACCUGCACCGAGGCUGAAUACAUCAAGCUGAUCGAGGCUCUCUGCACCGAGCACAAGAUCGAUCUCCUCAAGGUUUCCGACCCCAAGACUCUGGGAACCUGGGCAGGUCUUUGCAAGAUCGACAGAGAAGGCAACCCGAGAAAGGUCGUCGGUUGCUCUUGCGUCGUCGUUCGUGACUAUGGAGAGGAGAGCGAGGGUCUCAACGUCUUGCUCUCUCACUUCAAGAGCCGCUAAUCAGACAAAGUCGGUCGCAUUGUGACGUGAGUAUCCAGCUGGCGCAAAUGGAGGGCAGCGACUGAAGGGAAGGCAAGCUGCUGGGCGCCUUGUUCGGCAAGCGAUGAAGAGGAAUGGACUCCCUCGACGGAGGUCAGCUCUGCCAAGGGCUUUCUCUUUGAGGACAACCUCCAAACCGGAAUCAUUAUUUAUGCGUCUGAGCUUGCGCAAAUGGGCAGGCAGGUGGCUAGAAGCGUUGCGCUUCACUCGUGUAUACGAGCGUGUCGGAGUUGGAGCCACGCAGCUAAACCCCCCGUUGCUCGUCUUUGCUUGUCUGCAGUGAAGUCAACACCAACCAAAAGCUGAAUGAUCAUGUUCAUGCACCAUCUCGUCUGCGUGACGCUUCGGCGAGCCUGUUGGAAUAG